GGAAAACGGCACCGAAAGAAAAUCAACGAUUUGCAGUUGGCCAACAAGCUCAUUACGGAAUCUUAUCUUCCGUCCACAUUCACCAAAUACCGUCAACGUUCUCUCACUCGUGUACAUCCAGAGAGAAAAAGAUUGGAUUUUGUCCUCAGCCAUCACAUCAUAUCGUUAUCUAUUAACGUCAUUUGAGUCAAUCGACAGACAGACAGAUCGAUCGAUCGAUUAAAAGUCAGCACCAACAACGACAACCGCUUGCUCCUCCCCAAAAAAAGAUGCUUCCGAUUCCACUUAAUUUCGAUAAAUGGUUAAGCGAGAACAAGCACUUGCUUCAACCUCCAGUGGGAAAUUUCUGUUUAUUCAAAUCAGAAGAUUAUACUGUAAUGGUUGUUGGAGGUCCAAAUGCACGUAGCGAUUAUCAUUUUCAACCAACAGAAGAAUUUUUCUAUCAAGUCAAAGGUGCAAUGGUACUCAAAGUGAUCGAUGAUGGAAAUUUUAGAGAUAUUCAAAUCGGUGAAGGAGAGAUGUUCAUGUUGCCAGCAAACACACCUCAUUCACCUUGCAGAUUUGCCGAUACGAUUGGAUUGGUAGUAGAACGCACACGUCCAACCGAACAAGAAGAUGCGAUGCGUUGGUAUUGUCCAAACUUGGAAGCACAUGAGAACAAACCGUUCGUAGUGAAAGAAAAGAGAUUCCUAUGUACAGAUUUAGGAACACAACUUAAACCCAUCAUCGAUGAAUGGAAAUCCGACAUUCCUGGUCGUACCUGCUCAAAGUGUGGUUAUCAACAAGGAGAACGGGAACUCAUCGGUAGAGUGGAGGCAAAAGCAGCAUAAGCUGAUGGCUUGCUGUUUGUUGUCUAUCUUUUAUUGUAUAUCACGCACAUUGCUACAUUUUAAAAAUGCUAUUAUAAUUCACUAG